AUGCUACCACUGAGCAUUUUCACCCAGCCACCCGUUCACGUCUGGGUAGUUCCAGGCCGCAACAUCACCGCAGGUGGUCCGAUUUUGGAGGACCUUGGAAUCCUCACUGGCUCGAGCACGCUCUGGGCAGCCAACUUCCUACCGGUCGGACAGGUCGACUGGUUCUGGCGUCACCGCAAUCGUACACAAUCGUAG